CUCUACUCUAAGCACUAACGCACUACUGUUUCGCUCGUCUCUUGCCGUUUCACUCUGCAGACGCCAAUUCUUCUUGCUCGCAUACCCUUCCUCGCCGUACCGUUUCACGCUUCUUCGCUUUGUUAAACUCUGUAAGCAAGCUCCUACUUUUGUCGAGCAGGUGGUGUGCAUAUCGCUAAUUUAAAGAAGCCAUGAAAUCUCACACCUUAUCAUUUGCCGACAAAUGCAAGAAUAUAUUGGCGUCAAAUUGGCAAGGUUAUCUCAAUACUAUCAAAGCAGACGUCAAAGGAAGUAAGAGUGGUAUCUAUACAUCGAAAGUUAAGUAUAUAAUCAGGAGAGGGAAGCCAUACAUUUGGGUACCAGAAAACGAUUUACAUAAUGUGAAUGCAAUGAUCGAUGAGCGUGGCUCUUUUGCUGUGACCACUCCCUUUCCAAGCCCACUAGGUGCUUUGCUUAAAUCAUUGAAAAGGUCACCAGCACGGGUUGCUUUAGUUGGGGAUGUUGUUCCUCUUAAUGAAGAUAAGGUUAAAUCUCUUGCAGAAAAACUUGAGCAAAUCGUACUAUCUGAGCCAAAAGCAAUUAAGGAGUCCGGUUAUGUUGUUUCUGGGGUACUAAGCUCUAGUCUUAGCAGUACAUCUCGAAGUGAUAAUCUUCAAGAAAUAUUGGGAGAUGUAGAAAGAUAUUCAGUGUAUAAAUUUGAAAUGAGCUCAUGCACAUAUAUUGAUGGCCAUGGAGGAACUUUUGAAGUGAAUGUUGAAGAUAUGAACACAUCAAAAGCUGAUCCAUUAGCAUCAUUUUCAGCAAAGCUCAUUGAUGGGAUUAACCAAAGCGAUGCUAGGCGUAGAGCUCUUGUGCUUUUCUGUUUGGUCUACAUGAAUGCCCUUGUAAAGGAUGCAUAUGUAACAUCAGUGGACCGCAAGGGAUUUGAUGUGCUUGGAAGGCUUCCUGAUCCUGUUGUGAAGGAUGGAGCUGGUGAGUACCAAUGGAGAGAAUUCAGGAUGGCGUUAAAGGAAGAAGCAAGGGAUGUUGAAUCAUUCUGUCGUCAACUAGUUGGAAUGGAAGAAGAGGCCAUCAAGAAGGUUUCGAGCUUCAGUGGGCUAACAUAAACAAGAGUGGAAUCUAUCCUACAAAGGAUUAAAGACUGGACCCUGGUUCAUUGAUCAGAUUCAUUUGGGUAACAGAUUUAGAAGUCACAUAAGCGAAUUGUAAAUCUCGAGUUUCGACGUAUAUCAAUUAUUAUCAUGUUGCGUAUGUUUUGCACUGUCAUAUACCGGUUGAAGUUGUAGAAGGCACUCAUUGUCGGUGAGGUUCUAUAAGAGUACAUAGAUGGAUGCACUAGAAGUGAAAGGAGGCAGAAUUCUUUAUUCUACUGGUAUUUUUCUUUCAUUAA